CGAUUCGCCCUCACUCAUUUUUCCUUUCGUCGCCGCAAAAACGUCAUACUUUCAAUUCAGCAUUCUCGCAUCGUCGUCGUAUCGCAUCGCAUUAUUCCCCUUUCGUCAGUCACAUCACCGGUUUCAGCCUCGCUUACCCUACACCGACAAACAUAAACAUCAACAACAUCAACAACAACAAUAACAACAAUAACAACAGCAACAGCAACAGCAGCAGCAGCAGUAGCAACAGCCCCCCCUUCGCACCCCACAGCCGACUGCGUGGCCGGUAUGGCCUUCGCGCCGUCGCUGCCGACACUGCCCAGCUACCCACGGCACAUAGCGCCGUCGCGGUCAGAAUCGCCAUACGGCGACAGCCACAUCUACAGCUAUGCGGCACCCACACACAAGAAGUCGCGGCAGGGCGCGUCGACCUACCGGCGAUCACAGCCUCGCUACUCGGCGCCACUAACCCCCGACGCAUCCGACACCGACGACGGGCUGAUGGCGCACAGCAUCUACAGCGACCGGGACUACCGCAGCUCACUGGUUGCGUCGAGCGGGGGGUUAGGGGGGUCGAGGAAGCGCGGGCGGGCAGACGUCGACUCGGCGUCAGAGCGGGGGGGCGACUGGCGGGAGCAGGAGCAGGAUUGCGACGAGCGCCGCGGCGCCGGCGGGAAACGGAGGAUCAUAGACGUGGUGGGCGGGACGCUCGGCGGCGUGUUGCGCGGCGCUUGGGAGAUGUUCCGGCCGCGCAUCCCAUUCUAUGGUAGUGCGCCGGCGCCGAAUCCGGUGCCUGCGCCGCCGGUGGUGGUAGAGGAGCGACGGUGGCUCGGCUCGUGGGAUCACGAGCGUGGGGCUGCGCAUUGGAUGGGGGAUGAUGAGGCUGACCGCGGGGAAACGGCGACGUUUGCGGGCGGGUGGGCGCACCAGCAGCACCAGCAGCACCAGCAGCAGUGGCCGGCAAGUCCUCCGUCCACGGCUGGGUCCGGGUACAGUGGGGCGAGCAUGGCGGGGAGCGUCGGGAACCAACAGUCGUACUUUGAGCGCGAGCGCGAGCACGAAUACACCACCACUGCCGCCGCAAGCAGCAGCUACAGCAGCAGCACAGCGCCACUAGAAACGGGCAUGAGCGCGCAGUGGAUCAUGGUGUCGCCAUCAACAUCAUCAACGCGCAGCACGCGCUCCGCCUCGAUCAGCUCACGGCGGCCGCGGCUAGUAGCGAGCAAGAAGCGCGGGCUCAAGCCGCCCACGCCGCGCUCGCCGGGCAGCAGCUCGACACAGUCCCCGGGAAAGCGGCAUCGCAAGAUGGGCUCGGGCGGAUCGCUCGGCGACGACGAGAUAGACGACGACAUGCGUCGGUUCAAUGAGCGCCUUAAGGCUAUGAUCCGCGAGGGCAAGGAGGCCCUCGGCGCGACUGUCGAGGUCGUCUAUGAUGAGGACGACGACAUAGGCAUGGACGGGUUCUAGGAGGAUCUGGAUGAUGCUACUGCUGCUACUGCUACUAUUGCUACAAUCUGUUGACCAGAUGGAAGGUGGAAGGGAGCGAGGGAGGGAGGGGGUAAUGGGCGGCUG